AUCUGACAUGAAUAUGAACAUCUGCCUUCAUAAAGUCACAUGUUUUUUUUUUAUUUUCAGAUUGAAAGACUGCGGUCUGUCAAAGAUCAGCUGUUCUUCUCUGGACUCAGCUCUGAAGUCCAACCCCUCCCUUCUGAAACAUAUGAAAUAUCUAGACGUGAAUAGGAACACAAACCUGCAGGAUGCAGAUGUGAAGCAGAUGUCUGAUCUGGUGAAGCGUCCAGACAACCAGCCGCAGAAUCUCAGAAAAAAACACUUGAUGAACCAAAAAGAUGAUGUUGGAUCAGCUGGAAUCAUCGCCGGUGAUUCUUCAACACCAGCAAAGGUUGGUGAAGCAUGUGGCUCCACCAACCUCCACCACUCACCUCGUCAAACACCCUGGUCUGCUGCCACCGCACCUUCCUGCUCUCAGACAAACAUUCCUUCUGUCCCUGGUCCUAAAUCUGCUGAAAGCAGCAGUGAAGAGACACAACAGCAUGAAGAAGAAGACUCAAACCUCCGAGAACGAUGUGACCCUUUUAGCAAUAUGAAGGAAAUCACCAAGGCUCUGCCUUCCUUUCAUCGUCUACAACUCUCCACCACAGGUUCCCGUGAUAGGAAGGAAAAUUCCUGCAGCAUGUCCCGUUCAAGCAGCUUUCCCUCGCUGACUCAUAAAGGCAGAAAUCUAAAAGGAUCUGGAAGUUUAGCCGAUGUGAACCUCCGGCCACAAGAGCAGCUAAUGAAAAUACGCUUCGACUUCAUUCAGGGGAUAUCAAAACCUAACAUCCACGGUCUACUGGACCUACUUCUGGAGAAAGAUGUAAUCAAUUAUUCUGAAAAGGAGUCAGUAGAGGAGAAGCCAAACAGAGAAGAUGGUGCCCGUUGUGUUAUUGAUACGGUGAGGAAAAAAGGUCAAAAUGCCAGUUCAGAGAUGAUUGAGAUUCUCAAAGAGCUCGACCCGUUCCUCUGUAAACAUCUGGACUUGAUCUGA